CUUCCACCACACUCCUCCGUUCCUGAUGGCCUUUUUGCUCUUCCUCCCCGUUCCCGCACGUAAUUCAGUAACUGGGGAGGGACAAUUGUGACAGCCUCCGUCCUCUCUCCCUGGGCGGCCCCGAAGGGAAAUCUGAAAAGUGCGGAACUCUCUCUUCCGCUGCCUCCGUCUCCUCUCCUGGCCAGGCAAUAUGAGGAUAUGGCAUCCAAGAAAUCUUCAAAGUGGAUUAAUCUGGUAGUAAUGUUGAAACUGAAACAAAGCUGCUAUAACCAAAGACAAGAUGAGUUGGAUGUCAGGCAACCAAGAAAAUGCCCAAGGCAGAGGUCUGGGUUCUUAUCCUUCUUUAAGGGAUGUUCAUUCCAUCAACCCAACGCAGCUAAUGCCAAGAAUUGAGUCGUAUGAAACCAGGGGGAAAAACGGCAUUUCUGAUGUUCGAAGGACUUUCUGUUUAUUUGUCACGUUUGACUUGUUGUUUAUAACCUUGCUGUGGAUAAUAGAAUUAAACGUAAAUGGUGGCAUUGAAAAAACACUAGAAAAAGAAGUUCUGCAUUAUGACUACCGUUAUUCAUAUUUUGAUAUCUUUCUCCUGGCAGUUUUUCGGUUUAAGAUUUUGAUACUUGCAUAUGCGCUGUGCAGACUACGGCACUGGUGGGCAAUAGCAUUUACAACUGCUGUAACCAGUGCCUUCCUAUUAAUAAAAGUAAUUAUUUCAAAGCUGUUAUCUCAGGGUGCUUUUGGCUAUGUGUUACCUAUCAUAUCUUUUCUCCUUGCCUGGAUAGAAACAUGGUUUUUGGAUUUCAAAGUGUUACCACAAGAAGCAGAAGAAGAAACUAGACUAUUCCUAGUACAGGAUGCCUCUGAACGAGCUGCCCUUAUUCAACCUGGGCUCCUUUCCGAGGGCCAGUUUUAUUCCCCUCCUGAAUCUGAAGCAGGAUCUGAUGAAGAAUCUGAUGAAGAAAAACAGGACAAUGAAAAACCAGUUGCAUAACAAAUCUGGCAAGUGGAGAAUGAAAAUUUGACUGUGGAAUAGCUUGAAGAUUCUCACUCAUGGAACUAUUAUGGUGAUGCGGGCAGUUCACUUAUUGUUGAAAUGCCUAAUGGCAUCAUUUAAUUAUUGAACAAAGGAAUUUAUCUUCCUGCUUUAUAAUACCUCAUCAAAACUCUUUUGCAUCUGCAUACAUCUACAUAUAUGUGCAGAUAGAACACACACACACACAUUUCUGUACAUGUGUAUGUUUAUGUGUGUGAUUGAAUUGUAUCCAAUAUAAAGAAAUGCUUGUUCAUAAUGUAUUAAUUUAUGUUUGAAAUACACCUGAUCUACUGAUGCUGGGGAAUUAAAUCAGUAGGUCUUACCACUGUAUAGUGGUCAGCUAAUAAGGAUUUAAAUUUGCUAUAAUUUUUGUAUUAAUUUUAAAUUUAAAUUUUAACAAUGUAUCUUUUUAAAUGAAGUACACAUUUGUAUAUUAAAGAAACACAUUAAUAAAAAAUGAUA